AUGAAAUUUAGAGGAAAUUCCCGAAAACUUAUAACUGGAGGAACAGAUUGUGAACAAACUUGAGUGGGGAUUUCUGAGAAGUGGUGCAGGAGGAGAGGAAGGAAUUAGGAAGGAAGGAGGAAGAGGUAUAGGGAGAGAGAGGGGAUGUGGACAGGAGUGAAGGGAGAUAGAUGGGUGUGAGAGGAGGCAAGGUGGUUUUGGAUGGGGUACUUGAGUUUUCCAAGUACUGGUAAUAUCUCUUGUGCUGACUAUGGCCGCAGGGCUUACUAUUGAGCCAAGCGAGUUUCUAACAACCCAGGAUUUUAAUGAGAUAGUAAGCAAGAUUAGCCAACAAGUCGAUGGUUUGAGCAGGCCUUUCAUGGAUUGGGAUGAGAGCUUAAGCUUUUAUCAAGCGCUCGCUUCUGAGUAUCCUUACCUUGUCAGAGAAGUAAGAAAUAUUGGUAAUACCGAAGAAGGGAAUAGUAUUUAUGCUAUUCAUCUCAGCUACAGGUAUACUAGUCAGGUAGAUUCCUUAGGAAUCUCCAAUACUACAGAACUUGUGCAGGAUUCUGCCAAGCCAAGCGCAGUAAUUGUUGGAGGGCAUCAUGCGAACAGCAUGGUGGCUAAUAACUAUAUUAUGGCUCUGCUGGGAAAAUUAGUGCACGGAUUUCAUCAUAAUGACGGUAAAAUAAUGAAUCUUCUCAAACUCAGACACAUCUGGGUUGUUCCUUAUUUAAAUAUUGACGGAUAUAAGUAUAUUCAGAGUUAUGCAGGGUCCAUCAAUGAUGUUCAAUCUGUAAUAAAAUAACAGGAAGGCAACAGGAGGAUGUAGCUCCUCUGAUCUGGGGGUUAAUCUUAUGAACAAUUACCAGCACCAAUGGGGACUGAAUGUUAAUGGCUCCUCGCCAGUGGAAUGCAACAGUCUUUACAGAGGCUCUUCCUCCAUGUCUGAGAAAGAGGUCCAAGUCUUUACAGAGUUCUACUCAAAUGUGUUAUCACCCACAGUGAUGUUUAGUGUUGAGAGUGGUCAAAGUUUCUUAAAAUACCCCUAUAAUUAUGCUUCUGAUGGCACAAAUGCUCUUUUGAAAUCAGGCAGUUUCGGAUGGUUUACCAGCUCUCUUGAUUCCGACAUAAAAUUAAUAAACCAGGAUAUUUCUAUUGGAAAUCAUCAAGCUUUAUUCUCGAAGCCUAAUAAUGGAGAUAAUGAUGACUAUUUCACAGGUCUAAAGAAGAUCAUCGCCUUUACUCUCAGUGUUGGCUCAACAGAAUAUGGGAUACUCCCGCUUAAUCAGACAGAUUCGGAUAAAAUCAAGAAGGUAAUAGAUGAUAAUCUUGAAAUCGGAAUUUAUGCUAUUGAAAAAGCAGCAGAGCAAAUCUCCGCUAUAGCUAAUAGGAUUGAUGUCUGAACUCCUAAAAUUCAAGAAUGAGGUGGAUAUAAACCUGAUGAUGGCAAAUGGAGAUUCUUUGUUGAUCUUGAUAUUAAGAACUCUGGGCAGAAGGAUCUAGCGACUGACUUCGUCAUAACCUUGUCUUUUAGCAAUCAAAGGAUGUCCUUUAAAAGUCAACUAUCCUCAAAUAAUGAAACAAAUAGAAGGAAUCUUGGAGACCAAACUAUGACUAUUUCUAGUAAUUUUAUGAGAGGAAGAGAGGAAGAAAAACAAAACUUCAGAGCACUAAUUGAUUACCAAACUUUGGGCAGUGACAAGCAGCUUGACUCUCUUGGUGAAAUCCAAAUAUCUGCUACAUACUACUCAACAACAGUUCAUGCUACAAGUUUGAAGUUUGAGCAAUAUUCUUCAUACAGUACAAUCUUGAACCAAUAUUACGAUUCCAAAGUUGAUUGGGUUGCUAUCCUAUUUUUCGUGUGGUUCGUUUUGCACUCCACAUUUUUAUUCUUGCAGUUGAAAUUCAACAUCACAAAGAUUAUAAAAGAUAAACUUUUAAAGAAGUGAAUCAAGCAAAGUGCACAGGAUGGAAAGCAGGUUAACUUGCACACCACAACGAAGGAAGACCAAGCUAUCUCAGACCAUAUCUUUAAUGAAGGUACCAUCACUGAGAAGAGCGUUAAAGAAUCUCUGACUGUCAGUAGGUCAAAUGCUGACCUUCUCCCAAAAAUGUUGACAAAUGAUGUCAGCUCUAUUCGGUCUUCAAGAGAUAAAGAAUUUCCUAAGGAAGACGACUCUGAAGAAAUCUGUGAAUAUAAGCCAAGAGAGAUAGAGCACAUUGAAAUGCAGAAUAAAAUCUCCUCCCUGCCGGUGAAGAUUGAGCCUGUGGAAGAAGACCCGAAUGAAGAUAAAUAUGAUAGUGACUCACCGACAAAAGAGAUCAACAGAAGCCCGCUAUCGGAGAAUUCAUCUAAUUCUAGAGAGAAACCCUCUAUAGAACUUCAUAGAUUUGAUUCUCCUGAAGAUGGAGAGAGGACCAAAAAGUCUGAUAGGAACAAUGUUGAGCCCCUUGAGUUCUCCCAGAACCAAAAUUUAGCACAAUCCUAUAGCAAACAUCUAAAUUAUGAAGAGGAUGAUAGUCCAGAGGACCUUGACAAGCAAGAAGAUUAUUUGCAAAUCCCUCCAAAGAAAUCAGAGAAGGGAGGAAGCGACGACUCUAGGUGAAAAAUCAAGAGAGAGGACAUCCUCCUCAGUAACAUGGACGGCUCUGAAUGAUCUCAAAACAAAAUAUCCUCAAGUUCUUCAGCGGAUGAUGGCAAAAUCAAGAUAUCUCCAAUAAUAAGGAGUGAGAGCAUUAAAAGAGACUCUGACUUAAAUAAGAUUGCUUCUUCAACCCCUCUGACAAAGAGAGAGAAGUCAUCAUUUUAUCCCUCGAAAAAGAGCCUAGAAGGUCCUGUAGAGGGUAACUCCAGUGCGAAUGAUAGCAUAAUUGAGGAAGCUAAAGAAGAUAAUGAAGCUAACCGGCUAAAGACUCUUCCUGAAGAAAUGAUUUAUACUAAACCUCGGUCCAAGAAGGACUUCAAUCAGAAGCUUAGACACCAAAACAUCGCAGAGUUCUAUCCUUAUGAAGAAGGGAAAGACGAUAUGGGAGAUAACAAGGUGCUGAAGAAGAGGUCACUUGAAAGAGUAGCUACUGCUACUGAGAAUCAGAGAUAUAAGGAUGCUUCUCAUCAUUUUAAGUCCAAAACUCUUCAUGGACAAAGAAAAUCACAAGACGCCGUAUUCGGUUCAACAAUCCAGAAAAAUGCUUUAGUAAAUAUAGAAAACAAGGGCAAACCCCAAGUUAACGCUCUAUUCAAGGCCAGUGUCACAGAUUCUGAGGAAGGCCCAGUUCUUGGAGUCGGUAAGAACCCGAGGCUAAAGCCAGUGACCCCUGAAGAUAGGCUUAAACGUAUUCUUAAGGAAGAGAAAAUCCAGCUUGAUAUUUCAAAAUUGACUGAGAAUACUGACCAAAAGUAGAAGAAGUUUGGUCAAAAACGUAUGCAAUUUAAGUAAAUUUCAAUAUUGAU